AGUGCGAAGGGAUGGGCCAGACAGGGGGUGGGGGCGUGGCGUCCAUCGGGAUCUACCCACCGCUCUCCCUCAACUGGCCCCUCCCGCUCUCCCUCGCUUUACGGCCGUGUCACGCCCGGCGCUGUGCUCUUCGCGGCAGCCGGAAGGCAGGUUUCUACAAGUUGGAGUGUGACUUAAUUUCUCAUCGUAUGGAUCACUGAAUGAGUAACAGAUGGCCUUACCUCGUCUUACGGGAGCUUUACGCUCCUUUUCAAAUGUCACUAAACAAGAUGAUUAUAGUGAAGAAUUGGGUGACUUAAUGAAUAAAAGAUCAAAAUUACAUAAACAGUUAAUGAACUCUGAGCUUACAUGGAAGAAGAUAGUAAAAUUUGUUGAAGACAGUUUGGACAAGAAAGAACAGCAGUCUGUAUCUGGAGAUUUAAGAACUAUAUUACAGGCUGCAAAACAAAUAGUAGGAACUGAAAAUGGACAAGAGGCAAUUGAAAGUGGAGCUGUUUUUCUCUUUAAGACGUUUCACAUGAAGGAGUGCGUUGGUCAUGAAGAAACAAAGGCAAUCAAGCAGAUGUUUGGGCCCUUUCCAUCGUCGUCUGCUACUGCCGCCUGUAGUGCCACAAGCCGGAUUGCUUCUUACUUCACUGAAGAACAGCUUACUGCACUUAUACAGAUUGCUGAAGAGCAAAAUGGUGAUAACAGAGUAUUCUUUGGUAAAAAUAUAGUAUUUUCAUUUGACAUGCAUGACCUGGAUCACUCUGAAGAACUGCCAAUAAAUGGUGAGGCUGCUGAACAGAAAACUAUAAGCUUAGAUUACAACAAAUUUCUGAAUAACCAUUUGGAACACUUCCAGAAUUGCUAUGGCGAUAACUCUGAUCUCAAGUCCUUGGAAAAAGUGGACGAUUCUUUUCUGUGGUAUGAGGUUGGGAAGUUUCUAAAUGAAUCACUAAAAGGAACCCCUGGAGAACCAACAACAGAUGAUCUCUGCUGCACUUUGUAUGAGAUGCUUGCAUCUAGUAAAAGUGGUGACGAACUUCAGAAUGAGUUAUUUGAGCUGUUAGGCCCUGAGGGCUUUGAACUCAUAGAGAAACUCCUACAGAAUAGGACUAUGAUUGUGGAGAGAUCUCUGUCCUGGCCAAAUGAUUAUAAGCUGCAGUCUCUACAAGAACAGUGUAAAAAACUCGUAGGGGACAACACUAAACCCAAUUAUGGUUGUCAAGUCACAAUUCAGUCUGAACAAGAAAAGCUAUUAAUGAAACAAUAUCGUCGGGAAGAAAAACGAAUUGCCAGACGAGAAAAACGAGCUGGGGAAGAUGGAGAAAGUUUUGGAGAAGGACUAAUGUGCUUUGAUCCCAAGGAGCUGCGGAUGCAAAGAGAACAAUCACUUCUGAAUGCUCGAAGUGUGCCGGUCCUAAGCAGGCAGAGAGAGAUGAACUUUGAAAAAAUUCAUUAUCCACAUGUUUAUGAUUCCCAGGCUGAAGCUAUGAGAACGUCAGCAUUCAUUGGGGGUGCAAAGAUGCUUCUACCGGAGGCGAUCCAGAGGGAAAACAACAAAAUGUAUGAAGAAGUAAAGAUCCCCCAUAGUGAACCAAUGCCUGUUGGCACUGAGGAAAAAAUAGUUUAUAUCAAAGACUUAGAUGAGAUUGGGCAACUUGUUUUUAAAGGCAUGAAAAGACUAAACCGAAUCCAAUCAAUAGUUUUUGAGACUGCCUACAGUACAAAUGAGAACAUGCUGAUCUGUGCACCCACUGGAGCUGGGAAAACUAACAUUGCCAUGCUAACUGUCCUGCAUGAAAUUCGCCAGCAUGUUCAGCAAGGAGUUAUCAAAAAGGAUGAGUUUAAGAUUGUGUAUGUUGCUCCUAUGAAGGCUUUGGCAGCUGAAAUGACAAAUUACUUCAGCAAGCGUCUGGAGCCACUAGGCAUCACUGUGAAAGAGUUGACGGGUGAUAUGCAGUUGUCAAAAGGUGAAAUUCUGCGAACACAGAUGCUUGUGACCACUCCAGAGAAAUGGGAUGUAGUGACAAGAAAGAGUGUUGGGGAUGUAGCACUCUCUCAACUUGUAAAGCUCCUGAUUCUUGAUGAAGUGCAUCUGUUGCAUGAAGACAGAGGACCAGUGCUAGAGAGUUUAGUGGCACGCACCUUACGUCAGGUUGAAUCUACACAGAGCAUGAUCAGGAUUUUGGGCCUUUCGGCUACAUUACCUAAUUACCUCGAUGUUGCCACCUUUCUACAUGUUAAUCCCUACAUCGGACUAUUCUAUUUCGAUGGCCGUUUUCGACCUGUACCACUUGGGCAGACAUUUAUAGGAAUUAAGACAACAAAUAAGGUGCAGCAGAUGAAUAAUAUGGACGAAGUAUGUUAUGAAAAUGUUUUGAAGCAAAUAACAGCUGGACACCAGGUGAUGGUGUUUGUUCAUGCUAGAAAUGCCACUGUACGAACUGCCAUGGCUCUUCGAGAGAAAGCAAAAAACAAUGGUCAUAUUUGCUACUUUUUGCCAAACCAAGGACCUGAUUAUGGACAAGCUGAAAAACAAGUACAAAGGUCCAGAAACAAGCAGUUACGUGAAUUGUUUCCAGAUGGAUUUAGUAUUCAUCAUGCAGGAAUGCUGCGGCAAGACAGAAGUUUGGUUGAGAACUUGUUUUCUCAUGGACAUAUCAAAGUCCUCGUUUGUACAGCCACAUUAGCCUGGGGUGUCAAUCUUCCUGCUCAUGCUGUUAUUAUUAAGGGAACACAAAUAUAUGCUGCAAAAAGAGGCUCGUUUGUUGACCUUGGAAUUUUAGAUGUCAUGCAGAUAUUUGGUCGAGCUGGACGGCCUCAGUUUGACAAAUUUGGAGAAGGCAUCAUUAUUACAACACAUGAUAAACUCAGCCAUUACCUGACUCUGCUUACUCAGCAGAACCCAAUUGAGAGCCAGUUUCUUGAAAGCCUUGCUGACAACUUAAAUGCAGAGGUUGCUCUUGGAACAGUAACUAAUGUGGAGGAAGCAGUAAAGUGGAUAAGUUACACUUAUCUUUAUGUACGGAUGAGAGCAAAUCCAUUAGUAUAUGGCAUCAGUCACAAGGCUUAUCAGAUGGAUCCAGGGCUAGAGAAGCACAGAGAACAACUGGUGAUUGAAGUUGGCAGAAAGCUAGACAAAGCCCGCAUGAUUCGUUUUGAAGAGAGAACUGGAUUUUUUUCUUCAACAGAUUUAGGCAGAAUUGCCAGCCACUAUUAUAUUAAGUAUAAUACUAUUGAGACUUUCAAUGAACAUUUUGAUGCUCACAAAACAGAAGGUGAUAUUCUUGCUAUAGUAUCUAAGGCAGAAGAAUUUGAACAGAUCAAGGUAAGAGAAGAAGAAAUAGAGGAACUGGAUGCCUUACUGAACAAUUUCUGUGAACUCUCUGCUCCCGGAGGUGUAGAGAACAGUUAUGGAAAGAUAAAUAUCCUCCUUCAAACAUAUAUUAGCCGAGGAGAGAUUGAUAGUUUCUCCCUUAUUUCAGACUCUGCAUAUGUUGCACAGAAUGCAGCUCGGAUUGUUCGAGCCCUUUUUGAGGUUGCUCUUAGGAAACGAUGGCCUGCAAUGACGUACCGGCUACUGAACCUCAGCAAAGUCAUUGACAAGCGGCUGUGGGGCUGGGCCAACCCUUUGCGACAGUUCUCAGUGUUGCCACCAUCAGUCCUCGCAAAGCUGGAGGAAAAGAAUCUCUCUGUAGAUAAGAUGAAGGACAUGAGGAAAGAUGAAAUAGGUCACAUGCUGCGUCAUGUGCAUAUUGGGUUAAAGGUCAAACAAUGUGUCCAUCAAAUUCCCUCCAUUACAAUGGAAGCAGCUAUUCAGCCAAUUACACGUACUGUACUCCGUGUUAGGCUGAACAUCACUCCUGACUUCAAGUGGAACGAUCAGGUGCAUGGCACAGUUGGAGAGCCCUGGUGGAUCUGGGUGGAAGACCCCACUAAUGAUCACAUUUAUCAUUCAGAGUAUUUUGUCAUUCAGAAAAAGCAGGUCAUUCCUAAAGAAGCUCAGCAGCUGGUGUUCACAAUCCCUAUUUUUGAACCUUUGCCUUCCCAAUAUUACAUUCGAGCUGUAUCUGAUAGAUGGUUAGGAGCAGAGGCUGUUUGUAUCAUAAAUUUUCAGCAUCUGAUUCUACCAGAGAGACAUCCACCUCACACAGAACUACUGGAUCUUCAGCCUUUGCCUGUCAGAGCUUUGGGAUGUCGAGAGUAUGAAACCCUUUACAAAUUCACCCAUUUCAACCCUAUCCAGACGCAGAUAUUUCAUACGCUCUAUCAUACAGACUGUAAUGUUCUUCUUGGAGCCCCCACAGGUUCUGGAAAGACUGUUGCAGCUGAGUUAGCUAUCUUCAGAAUUUUCAACAAGUAUCCCACAUCUAAGGCGGUAUACAUUGCUCCCUUAAAAGCACUGGUACGAGAGAGAAUUGAAGAUUGGAAAGUCAGGAUUGAAGAAAAACUUGGUAAAAAGAUAGUAGAAUUGACAGGGGAUGUGACGCCUGAUAUGAGAGCUAUUGCCCAAGCUGACCUUAUUGUGACUACACCAGAGAAGUGGGAUGGGGUCAGUAGAAGCUGGCAAAACAGGAGCUAUGUCCAGAAAGUUGCCAUUCUCAUCAUAGAUGAGAUCCAUCUGCUAGGGGAUGAGAGAGGCCCAGUACUGGAAGUUAUUGUGUCUCGAACUAACUUCAUCUCAUCUCACACAGAAAAGCCUGUAAGAGUAGUUGGUUUAUCCACAGCAUUAGCGAAUGCCAGAGACCUUGCUGACUGGCUAAAUAUUAAUCAGAUGGGUCUGUUCAACUUCCGACCAUCUGUACGUCCAGUUCCAUUGGAAGUACACAUUCAGGGCUUCCCUGGCCAGCAUUACUGUCCUCGCAUGGCUAGUAUGAAUAAACCUGCAUUUCAGGCUAUUAGGAGCCAUUCUCCAGCCAAGCCUGUUCUUGUGUUUGUUUCAUCCAGACGUCAGACUAGACUCACUGCCCUAGAGUUGAUUGCUUUCCUGGCUACUGAGGAUGAUCCAAAGCAAUGGCUGAAAAUGGAUGAAAGAGAGAUGAACGAUGUUAUAGUGACAGUAAGAGAUUCUAAUCUGAAGCUGACUCUUGCAUUUGGAAUAGGCAUGCACCAUGCUGGCCUACAUGAAAGAGACAGAAAAACUGUGGAAGAACUAUUUGUGAAUUGCAAAAUCCAGGUUCUUAUUGCCACAAGCACAUUAGCCUGGGGUGUAAAUUUUCCAGCUCAUUUAGUAAUUGUUAAGGGAACAGAAUUUUACGAUGGAAAAACAAGGCGCUAUGUGGAUUAUCCCAUUACAGAUGUACUUCAGAUGAUGGGACGUGCUGGUAGACCACAGUUUGAUGACCAAGGCAAAGCUGUGAUUUUAGUCCAUGAUAUUAAGAAAGAUUUCUACAAAAAGUUUCUUUAUGAACCUUUUCCAGUCGAAUCAAGUUUGUUGGAAGUGCUCUCUGAUCACUUGAAUGCUGAAAUUGCUGCUGGAACUAUUACUUCCAAGCAGGAUGCGAUGGAUUACAUCACCUGGACUUACUUCUUCCGUCGUCUUAUCAUGAACCCUAGUUACUAUAAUUUAGAUGAUGUGAGCCAUGACACCAUGAACAAGUUCCUUUCAAACCUUGUUGAGAAAUCCCUCAUUGACCUGGAAUGUUCCUACUGUAUUGAAAUCGGGGAGGAUAAUCGUCGCAUUGAACCUCUAACAUACGGCCGCAUUGCUUCUUACUACUAUUUGAAGCAUCAAACUGUUAGGAUGUUCAAGGAUCGGUUGAAACCUGAAUGCAGUGUUGAAGAAUUGCUCUCAAUUCUGUCAGCUGAGAGAAAGACAAGAUAGAACAGUCUUCCCCUGACAGUUACCCUACUGCCAGCUUCACUCUCUCCUGCCUCAGCAUUAGUUUGCAUCUCAUGAGUUCUUCAGAACAUUGGGCCAGAUCCUCAGCUGGUGCAAAUUUACAAAGCUCCAUCGAAGUCAGUAGAGAUAUGCCAGUUUUAAUCAGCUAAGGUUCUGGCCUAAUAAAUUUAGUUGCAGCAGCUGUCACUUCCUCUUACAGCUUUUGGUGUGUUUCUUCUUACUGUUUUUUUUUUUUUUUAAACAAUUUUUGGGUAAAUUUUGUGCGCCUGCAAGUGUGAGCAGUAGCACUGACUUGCUAAUCAGACACUGUGUAAGUAAGUACCUUCCAAGUUUUCCAUAUAUUUCUCCCAAUUUACAUUGUUUUUCUGUUAUUCCAGGCAUGAGCCUCUCUUGAACAGAGGCUGCUAGUCAUUUUACCACAUGAUGACAGGUAUUCAUGCUUUUCUUCCCUUUCUUCUCUGAUCACGUAGUUGUCUUGAUCCAGAGAGUUUAAUCUUGUAGAAAAAUGCACCAAUGUGAAUCUGUGGUUCCCUAAUCUGGAAGCUGCCACAGGUCAGCAACUCUGAAAUCUAUUUUUCAACACAUAGAGCUUUUACUGAUUAACAUUAGUGUAUAGAGGGUGUAAGGCCCCAAUCCUGCAUCAAGAUAUCUAAUGAAGAUCCCUUCCUCUGAGCAGAGUCCCACCGGCUCAGGGAUCUGCACUGAAGGAUCCCAGUGCAGAAUCAAAGUCUAAAACAGAAAAUGAUUGAUCUCUUUUUUGGAGACAGCUGCUAGGAACGGUCUCUUCUGCAGUUCUGCUAUUAUGACUUAUUACUAGCAUCAUCUCAGUCAGCAGCUUAGCUAAACCUGAGCCAACACAGUCAAUUCAGCCAAAUUCAUCUUCAAAAUGUGGACAAAUCUCAAUGGAACUAGGGAAAUUUACUUGUCUCAUGACAAUCAUAUUUCAAUACAUACUCACAGAGAUUUUCUUAAUUGUGUAUUAUCACAUUGUCAAUGUCAUGCACGGAAAUACUUUUGAAUAUUAAGGCUGAUAUUUCAAAGCUACUUGAACUUCUCAGCCUUUUUCAUGUUGUAAGACCUCAUGUUACAAGAGGAGAGAGUUUCAGGUCCCCAUCCUAGCUGACCAUAAAAAGGGAAGGGUGGGUGCGACAUCCCUGGUUUUAUUUACCAUGCCAAAGUUGAGAAACCAUGGAAAAGAUUUUGAUGUUCAUUUUCCAUGGAAGUAAUGGGAAUUAGUGGCCAGAUCCCUUAAGCAACUUUGAAAUUUUCAUCCUAAAUUUGCAAUGACAAAUGUAAUGCCUUGCAAUAGAAAGUUCUCUUCUUACACCAGCAUUUUUAAAGUGCCACAAAUAUACAUUCACAACUAUAUAAAUGCUUCCUGGCUGAUUUUGGAGAGGAGUCACUUUAUCAAAGUUGGCUGUCAAUUUAUACCAUGUUGUAUUGUCCUCAGUAACUGUAAUCAUAUUUAUUUUCCACGAUUUGAAUAAGUGUAACUAAUUAAGAGCAUACAUACAUGCUGUAUCAUUCUGAUGUUUGCUUUCAUGGUUUUGUCUUAAUUUUUUUAAUUUAAACCAUUACAGAUACUUGCUCAUAAACUUACUGAUACACACUAAUGCAACUUCAAGUUUUUAAGUUGAAUUACAGCUUAUCUUUAACAAAGGUAUACCAUCUCAGUCCUGUGACUGGCAUUGCUGAAAGGGGCAAUGUAUGGGGAACAGAAAGGGAAUUUUAAGGUCACUACACCACCAUAAUAUUCUAGUUCUUCUUUGAGUGAUGGUCCCUAUAUGUAUUCCAAAUGUGGGGGGUGCCCAUGCAUACUGUGUGCCAGAGCUGGAAGUUUUCAGCAGCACUGUCCAGUGACCCGCACGGGCAUCUUAUGUUGCCAUGUGCUCCAGGCAAAGUUAUAAGAGACUGUGUGGGGUGAUGCAUACUCAGUUCCCUCUUACCACCACGUGGUCAGAGUCAGAAUCUUCUCUCCUCACGCUCGUAGCUUCUACAAGAGACCCAUCCGUUAUAUACGGUUAGUUGUCUUCAUCGUACACUGUAGUUAGUGUAGAGAGUUGCCCCUUUUGGGGCUCACCCCAACUUUGUCAGGGGCUAUGUCCCAUGUCCCGGGAUUUAAGAACUGUGCUUCAUGCCCUCACUUAUUCUCAGCAACAAGUACAGCCGCUGCCUCUACUUCCUGGGGGAAGCACAUCCAGCAGACUGUUGUGACCCCUGCAGGUCUUUUCCACUACGGACCGGUGAGGCUCAUCUCUUGUGCCUCUGCAGAUUCCUCGUGGAGGAAGUGCUCUGAUCCCCUGCUGCAUCAAAUCCUGGACUGGCGGAACCAGCAGUACAAUGCCCUUCACCAGCAGUGAGCACCCCACUCUCUACCUCCCGCCCUGAUCCGGCGGCACCGCCAAAACACAGCGAAGGCAAGAAGGAGAGCCGCAAGCGCUCCCAUGGACAUCGCCACAGGUCCCCGUCAAGGACUCCUGCGACGUACAGCAUUUCAUCCCUGAGCCGUACCCGGUUGAGUGAGAUGUCAUGUGCAGAACCCACCUCACCACUCCCCUGAAUGCCACACAUGGGCAAGACCAAACGGAAGAAGGAGGCUCCAGCACCAUUGACCCCUCACACCGGGCGUGCAAUGUGGCAGCCCUCUGAGGCAUGCUUCUCCAUCUCAGUGGGAGUCCCCAUACCCUGCUCCAUACACCCUCCCUCCUGCUUUCCCUCCUCCACCCUGGACAUCCAGAUAGGCUUGAACCAUUGAUGGCACACCUUCAUCUGCCCUACCCAUCCUCCCCACUUCUCUUGGCUCCAUGACCACCUACACCAGCAGAUGCACCACUUCUCUUAGGCCAAGAUCUUCACCCAGCCGUCGCUGGACUGCCUGCACCAAUGGCCCCGCCGCUGCUGAAGGCCUCUUUGGACUCAGAAGACUUUUCGGUGGAGCAGCUUAGACUCCCAGGUGCAUCCACUGUACCAGAUGGGCUACCCCACAGUCCUGCCUCAGUGGUACCCUUGUUCCUGUGGUCUGCAGUAUCCACUGGACCCUACCCCAUGGCCGCGUGGGAUACAUACCACUGCCUGUACCCAUCUCCGCCAGCCUCGCACCAUUCCAUCCAUGCCCCUCCACCAGAACAGUUAAGAGGAGGACCCGGAGCAUGCCCUGGUCCCAACAGCAGCAUCCUCCUCUCCAGGCAAAACUCGGAUUUCCCCUCCCACCCCCGAACCUUCUCGCCUCCUGAUGGUCAUCGCCAGUACCAGGAUCUGCUGCAGGGGGUGGCCCUUGAUCUUGGUAUUCCCUUGGAGGAAUAUCCAGGACCAGCCCCAUCAGCUACUGGACAUUCUCCAGCCUUGUGGGGCCAGCACACAUGUCUCUGCCCAUUAACGAGGCCAUCCUCCACCCCCAUGGGAGGUCUGGCACACGCUGGCAUCCUGUGCCCCAACCCCUAACAGGGCAGAACGCCAUUAUUUUGUGCAAUCGAAGGGAGCUGACUUUCUUUUCUUCCACCCUGCCCCAGCCUCACUGGUGGUGCAUGUGGCAACAGAAAGAGCAAGACAGCACUCCUCCAACUCCACCCUGCCGGAUGAGGUGGUGAAAUGCCUGGACCUGCUCGGCCAUAAACUCUUCUCUUCCGCAGCCCUGCCAUUCCACAUCUCAAACUACCAGGCUCUGCUGGCAAAAGUACGAUUUUAAUAAUUAUGCCAAGCUGGCAGUGUUCUUGGAGGACCUCCUGCAGGACAAGCAGCAUGGGUUCCAGGCCCCGGUGGGGGAAGGCUGCCUGAUGGCCAAAGUGUGCCCACAAGCAGCAGUGGAUGCGGUUGACACACCCUUCCGCUCCCUGGCCAUGGGCAUGGUUAUUGUUAUAUGCUGAGAGGCCUGGCUACAAUCCUCAAACUUUCCUAGGGUGGUCCAGUCCACCAUCCAGGAUCUCCCAUUCAAAGAGGACAAACUGUUCUCUUCCAGGACACUGAAGGACUCAAGGGCGACCCUCCAGUCUCAGCGGAUCUACAGUCUGGCCCCCCAUCACCAGCAACCUAAUCUGCCAUUCUGCCCGAGCCUCUACCCCCCCAUACCUGCCCACCUACACCCAGGUCCCAACGGCGCCCAGAUUCCAGCACAUGCGCCC